AUGAGAAACAACAUUUACCGACACUUCAAAAAGCUUAUUAUUCUGCUUGGUCUCUGGAUCUUUUACGCCGUACACAAAAUUGUAUCAUACAACACGGAAAGUAAUAAAUUCGAGCUGCUGCCAAAUAUAGACAAACAAUAUCUCAUAGACAUAGAUUCACAGGGACUCCUUCCAGAUUCGGCUAACUUGCUUCAAAAGUUAAAUAAUUCCAAAAGAGAUUUACUACAGAAAGAUUCAUUUAGAGAUAUCAUUAACGACACCGAAAGAAAAAUAGAACAGGAAGAGAGAAGAAGCCAUCCCCAACUUGAUAAACUUGCGAAGAUAGGAGGGAUUGUGAUACAAAAGAAACCGGAGCAGGUGUUGGCGAACGUUACUCUACCCUUGUUCAAUAACAAAACGGAUGGUUCGGGACCAGGAGAGUUGGGUCACCCGGUGAAAAUCGAUGUCAACAAACUAUCGAAAGAAGAGAAACUCAGAUAUAAUACAGGCUGGGGAUCACACAGCUUUAAUCAAUAUGCAAGCGACUUGAUAUCGAUCCACCGGAGACUCAUUGAUGGAAGAAGUCAAGCGUGCAGAAAACAAGCAGAAGGGUACAACAGUUUGCGACUGCCGCAAAUAAGCGUCAUCAUCAUCUUCCACAACGAGGCUUGGUCUGUGCUGUUGAGAUCCGUGCACAGUAUCCUGUCGAGGACACCUGCACAUAUUCUGAAGGAGAUUAUCCUUGUAGACGACUUCUCCACCAACGACUAUUUGAGGGAACCGUUGGAGAAAUACUUCAAUUCCUCCCCAAAAGUACACAUUAUUCGUGCAACCAAGCGGCAGGGACUUAUACGGGCUCGUUUAUUGGGAUAUUAUUUUUCUACUUCACCUAUUGUUGUUUUCUUAGACUCUCAUAUAGAAUGUUUCCCUGGUUGGGCCGAGCCUAUAAUUGUCCGGAUUACCGAGGAUCAAACAAGGGUUGUCUUUCCAUGCAUUGAGAUAAUAACGGAUAAUGAACUACACACGACGUACAUAGAGAUCCACCAGACCGGAAUUUUCACAUUUAAAGACCUAACUUUUCAGUGGCAGGGGCUUUCGGCGGAGGAAAGGAACAGGAGGAAAAAUGGAGCAGAUACUAUAAGAUCGCCAACAAUGCCAGGAGGACUUUUUGCCAUCAGCCGAGAAUUCUUUGACAAACUGGGAACUUACGACCCUGGACUGGAUUACUGGGGUGGCGAGAAUAUUGAACUCUCCUUUAAGGCUUGGAUGUGUGGAGGUAGCGUGGAACUGGUCACGUGUUCACACAUCGGUCACAUCUAUCGACGCUCCAGCCCUAUUAAAUAUCCGCCAGAAAACAGUAAUAAAAACUCUAUACGAGUUGCUGAAGUUUGGAUGGAUGAUUACAAAAACUACUUUUAUGAAAGAAUACUCUUCAAGCUGGGUAACUACGGAGACGUGACUGAGAGGAAACAGCUUCGAGAACGUCUCAAGUGUAAGAAUUUCGAGUGGUAUUUACGAAACGUUUUCCCCGACGUUGUAUUACCUUCCAACAUCAAGUACGCUGGAGAGAUCCGAAGUGUUGCCUCUCCUCGAUGUGUAGACAGUAUGGGUGGACCCGAUGGAAAGCAGCAUGUGCCGAAGAUGUAUCAAUGUCAUGGAGAAGGAAAUCAUCAGUUCUGGUAUUUUAGUGGAAGUGGUCACAUAUAUCAGGAUGCUUGGCACAUCUGCGUCUCCAAUGGACAAACUAUCAUCCAAAACGCUUGUAUACCAGAUGGUGCCACAUGGAAGUACAGAGAGGUAGGAUAUCGUGUUCUAGAAAAUAGCCUUUCCCACACUAUAUACGAAAUCCGUUCCCAUAUUUCUGGAGACGCUGUGCCGUAG